ACCACCAAACGCAAAACUGCAAUGAGUUCUUUAAAUGCAAGCUUUUCCAAGAAUAUCUCUAUUGUUCGUCCUGAAUACUUUUUCAUCAUUGGACUGUCAGGUAUACCAUACAGCAAUUAUUACUAUAUAUUCUUAUUUAUAGUUUAUUCUAUUACUAUGAUUGGGAACUCUGUAGUGCUUCUCAUUAUUGCUCUUGAAAGAAAUCUGCACAGUCCAAAAUACAUUGGUGUGUUUAACUUGGCCUUGGCUGAUAUUGGUGAAACUAAUGCACUGAUUCCAAACAUGAUGAAGACUUUGUUAUUUGACUCACGAUACAUCUCCUACAAUGCUUGUUUAGCUAACAUGUUUUUUGUGUUUCUCUUCAGUUCUAUGCAGAGUUUCACUCUUGUUGUUCUUGCAUAUGACCGCUUCAUUGCCAUUUGUUUGCCUUUAAGAUAUCAUGCAAUUGUGAACAAUACAAGUACGGUUUUAGUUUUCUCUGCAGUCUGGGCAUUUAAUUGCUCUAUUGUGGCCUUGAUGGUUUCUUUUAUCACCCGACUUUCUUUCUGUGAAUCCACUGUGAUACAGAGUUAUUUUUGUGAUCAUGGACCAGUGCAUAGGUUGGCAUGUAAUGACAACAGAAUUAAUGUAAUCAUUGGGUUUCUUAUCUCAGCUUUAUACAUUGUAGCACCAUUAAUUACUAUAAUUAUUUCAUAUAUGGGAAUUUUUCUUGCUUUAACCAAAAUUACAACUUGGCAAGGACGUUUAAAAGCUCUGAAGACCUGUGUUUCUCACUUGUUGUUAGUAGGAAUUUAUUUCUUGCCCAUAUGCAGCUCGUACAUUGCUGCAUUGUUGGUUUCUCUUACACUCAAUGCAAGGGUCAUCAGCACAUCUCUGGCAUAUGCUAUUCCACCGAUGCUAAAUCCUAUCAUUUAUGUUUUAAACACGGCUGAAAUAAAAUACAUUAUUAAAAAAGCGCUUAAAAACAGAUCUGCGCCAAUCAGAGAAAACACAUCUAAAUGA